UCUGUUAACUAGAUGGCUCUAUUGACAUUUGUUUGGAUAAUAUUUCAGGUGAUUGGAAAUGAGUGGUCUGUUGCUUUUGAGGACAGUCAAAACUCACUUAGGAACAGGCCGAGCCUCAAGCCUUUAUUUAAUGACAGCUAAUCACAAAGCACAAAUUGGGAGGACCUUAACCAGAUUAUAAUGGAAUUAGGGGCUGUGUUAUAAGUAAUUAUUCAGCAUAUUCCUCGCUUCAGAUUGCUUGUGGUGUUCUCUGCCUCUCUACUCCACCCCGGCUCUUUCUGCUAAAAGUGGCAUACUUAUCCUAAUAUACAUCACCCUGGACAUAUAACAAAUACUUCUUCCUCUUAGGUAAUGCCUGAUUAAAAAUCUGUACAAUUUGCAACCUUGCCAUAUUUUACAACUAACUGGCACAAGAGGGAGAGCAGACAAACCAGGAGAGGGUGGCUUUGCACCAUCCCAGUCCCUGCGUGGUUUGCUUGACCUGUGCAUAUCUGGCUGCAGGUAACAGUGCUGUUGUCAUUUGUAGUGGGGGGUGUUAGUGUUUAAUUCCUAGUCGAGUGAAUGCAGCUGGGGUUGGGGUGUAGUCCAGGGCCUGCCUUACUAUAACAGUAGCCCUGCUGCAGGCAGCCGUGUCAGCCACUUUGGGGAGAUGCAGGGGCAAAGGUUCUUCAUGCUGUCAAUCAGGCUAUAGACCUGUAGGCUAGGUGCUGUGUGAGACAGUCCUGUGACUCUCAACCGGGGUGAGAGCCUGGCUGAGGGAAAACUUGGUUUGCUGGAAUUCCCCCUGAGUGUGAGAGGUAAGGGAAAGAAAUCUUGACUUCUUUGGGAGCAUCAAACUGGAACCUGAGGUUUGGACUAUUGCUUCCUGCAAAAAGAGGAGCUAUGUAAGAGCAAAGGAGCUGGGUGCAGAAGCACACAGAACAUUGCAAUUUAUGCAAGACAAGAGCCAUAACUUAGCACAGGCAUCCCCAAACUUCGGCCCUCCAGAUGUUUUGGACUACAAUUCCCAUCUUCCCCGACCACUGGUCCUGUUAGCUAGGGAUCAUGGGAGUUGUAGGCCAAAACAUCUGGAGGGCCGCAGUUUGGGGAUGCCUGACUUAGCAUGUGCAAAUGUGCCCUUUGUCUAUAACAGGAAUAGCCCAUGUGGGUCCUUCUGGACAUGGCUACACCAUCUCUGACCAUUGACCAUGCUGCCUAGGACUGAUAAGAGUUUGAAUCCAACAGUAUCUGAGGAUCACCACUUUGGUUAUCCCUGGUCCAUGCUGACAUUAAUUUAGCCGAUCAGCUGAAGGUUGUAGCCCUAAUAUGAAUUCAGUAGACUUUCUUACUUGCAGAUCUAUGUUACUGAAUGACGAUGCCAGUUCCAGUAGUGAGGAACAGUGAUUCAGAAACUGAGGAACUGGUGGGAGCAUUCCAUAUGUUGCCUUCUACAUUUGUAUUCCUUUCCCCCCCUUGCUGCUUACAAAUUAGGAGCAGAACUGUCUCUGUGAUUUCCCCCACAGUAUUUUAUUACUUGAAAUUGAAGCAUUGACACCCUCGGUUCUAGCACAUCCCUAGUCUUAUUUGCACUCCCAUCACUUUGACUACUGGCCUGUCACAAGUUCAGCAAAGUGCAUUUUUAUAACACCUUUUAAAUCUAUUCACUAUCUGGAGCAAAAAGACAAUGCACUUGAAAUGAUGUCUCUCCACCCCCACCCCAAAUGUAUCUUGAAGGCUACAUUAGUCUCCAUGGUAACAGAUAAAUACAUCUGAUUCUGAGAUUAAUCUAUGGAUAAUUGAGAGUAGGCUUGAAAUGGUUUCCCCCCUAAUGUAUUUUGUUUCAAUACAGUUAACUCUACAGUAACAGCUAAAUACAUCUGCUGCAGAGACUAAGGAAUGGGCAGUAGUCCUUCUUACACAAAGGUCCACAGGAUGUAUAUUUAUAUAUAAGUGGCCACAAAUUUGGGCUUAGUGUUCUAGUCAGCCAUUUUUGUACCUUGUAUUUCCAUUAUCCCUUUCCUAGGUCUUUUUGGCAUGUGCAGAGAAUUCAGAGGAAGGAGGAGUGUAUUUUAUGUCUUUGUCCUGGAACUUUACAGGCUGUUAGACUAGUGCUUCACUCCAUCUAUUAACAUGAAUUAAGAUGCUAAAUGAAAGCACGGCACUGCUCAGUAUACAAGCAUUGACAAAGAAUAACAAAAUCUGGCAUGCAAACUACUGUUCCUUGAUGUGCAGUGGAGAAAACCUUACUGGUGAUAAAUCCAAUGGGAUGGGAUGCAUUUGGAUUACCUGCAGAGAAUGCGGCAAUUGAUCAUGGCUUGCAUCCAGCAGACUGGACACAAAGUAAUAUUCGGCACAUGCGAAAGCAGCUUGAAGCGUUAGGCUUGUAUUUUAGUUGGGAUCGGGAAAUAACCACUUGUUUGCCAGAGUACUAUAAAUGGACACAGUAUCUUUUUAUUAAGCUUUAUGAAGCGGGGUUAGCCUAUGAAAAUGAAGCAAUAGUUAAUUGGGACCCUGUGGAUCAGACUGUUCUUGCUAAUGAACAGGUGGAUGAAAAUGGCUGUUCAUGGCGUUCGGGAGCAAAAGUGGAAAAGAAAUACCUCAAACAGUGGUUCAUCAAAACAUCUGCCUAUGCAAAGGCUUUGCUCGAUGGUUUGUCAGAUCUCCCCAAGUGGUAUGGAAUAAAGGAAAUGCAAGCUCAUUGGUUAGGAGAAUGUGUUGGAUGCUAUUUUGAGUUCAUGCUAAAGACUAAUAAUAAUCCUACAGGAGAGGUGAUAUCAGCCUAUGCAUGUGCACCUGAAGCCAUAUAUGGUGCAUCCCAUUUACAUAUCUUGCCUAAUCAUAGACUGUUACAUGGAAAUAGCUGUUUAAAGGAAAUCUUCCUGAAGGAGCUUGUCCCAGGAAAAGAGUCUCUUACUUCAGUGACAGCUCUGAACCUGCUCACCAGUCAAGAGAUUCCUGUAGUCAUUUCCGCAAAAUCUGAGUUUGAAGGCUCUGUCGAUACUAAAAUAGGAAUCCCUUGCAUUAAACCAGAUGAUGCUGAAGUUGCUAAGAAUUUGGGUCUGUUGUUUGAAGAAGUAAUUGAAACACUGCCGGAUGGUUCAGAGAGACUGAUCAACUCCGGAGAGUUCACAGGUAUGAGUAGACAACAAGCGUUAAAUGCCAUCACUCAACAAGCCAAAAAUAAAGGAGUAGGAGGACACUUAACAAGCAGUAAAUUGAAAGAUUGGCUGAUCUCGCGGCAGCGUUAUUGGGGGACGCCUAUUCCAAUCAUUCACUGCCAGAGUUGUGGUCCUGUUCCUGUCCCUUACGAAGACUUACCUGUGGAAUUGCCCAGUGUCGCAUCCUUUACAGGAAAGGGCGGCUCACUUUUGGCUUCUGCUUCACACUGGGUAAACUGCUUGUGUCCGAGGUGCAAGCAGCCUGCAAAAAGGGAAACGGACACCAUGGAUACAUUUGUUGAUUCAGCUUGGUAUUACUUAAGGUACACUGAUCCUCAUAAUUCUGAGAGACCUUUUCACAAAGACUUGGCAGAUCACUGGAUGCCUGUCGAUCUGUACAUUGGAGGAAAGGAGCAUGCAGUUAUGCAUUUGUACUAUGCCAGAUUCUUCAGCCAUUUUUGCCAUAAUCAGAAGAUGACUAAACACAGAGAGCCUUUUCAUAAACUCUUAGUUCAAGGUAUUGUCAAGAAUCAGACUUUCAGGCUAGCAACAACUGGGCAGUAUUUGAAGAGAGAAGAAAUUGAUCUUACUGGUCCUGAACCUGUUCACAUGAAAACCAAAGAGAAGCUACAAGUGAUGUGGGAAAAAAUGAGUAAAUCCAAGCACAAUGGUAUAGAACCUGAAGAAAUGGUCCAGAAGUAUGGAAUUGAUACAGUCAGACUCUACAUCCUGUUUGCUUCCCCUCCAGAGCAGGACAUCUUGUGGGAUGCAAAGACUGAUGCAAUCCCUGGGGUGGAAAGAUGGCAAUCUCGCCUCUGGAACUUAGCAACCAAAUUUAUUGAAGCUAGGAAUUCUGGAACUCUGCCAAGUCCACAGCUCCUGAAUCAGAAAGAGAAAGCUGAAGUCAAGCGUAUCUGGGAGCAGAAGAACAUCACUGUCUCUGAGGUAACUGAAUUCUUCCAGGAUGAUUUCUCAUUUCAUACCGCAAUUGCUCGACUGAUGGGCCUCAGUAACACGUUGUCACAAGCCUCACAGCCGGUUGUUCUUCACAGUGCAGAAUUUGAAGAUGCUUUGGCAACUCUCUUUGUCAUGCUUGCCCCGAUGGCCCCCCACAUAAGUUCCGAGAUCUGGAAAGGCUUGUCUCACGCUCAAAACAAACUUUGUACUCAUCAUCUCUGGCACAUGGACGUAUUGCAGCAGUCCUGGCCUACGGUGGACCCAAAGUCUCAACAGCUGCCAGAAAUAGUGCAAGUCUCCGUCCUGAUCAACAACAAACCCUGUGGAAAAGUUGGUGUACCUCAACAAGUAUCCCGAGAUGCAGAAGUAGUUCGUGAACUGGUUGUUCAAAGUAAGCUUGGGACUCAAUAUCUCCAAGGACGCACCAUUACAAAGUUCAUAUUGUCUCCUAGAACUGCGCUUGUCAACUUCCUUAUCCAGGAAUAGUCGGUAGCCGUAUUUUCUUAAAACUGCCUGUUUAUCGCUUUCCAUUAAAGUAGGGAAAAAAGAAACUCGACCAUAUUCUCCAACCAAGAUGCUGCAGAGGGCAGAAAAAUUAAAGCACUGAGUGAUAAAGGAGCAAAAGCUAAUUUGUAUAUAAUCAAUGAACAUGAGCACUUCUGCAAAUAUUUCUCUGGAAAUCAUGUACAAAAGCUGGCUUUUGUUAUUAUCACUAUUGCCACAUACAAGCGAAAGUGUUGCUGUGAGUAUUUGGUGCAGGGAUAAGCUGUAAUGCAGUAAAAUGAUUCCUUCUUAUUCUUGUUUCCCUGUGGCAGAAAUAUUUUGGGAGGGGGUUUGCUUUUAAUAAUAAUAAUAAUAAUAAUAAUAAUAAUAAUAAUAAUAAUAAUAUAAAAAUUAGGAAAUAUAUUUUCAGUGUAUUGUUACUGAAAGUAAUGUACACUGUUGUAAUCCAUCACCCCUUUCACUGAUCCUAGUGAUAACCAUUCAACAUGGCUAAUCAGUCUCAGCAUUCAUAAUAAAAUGUGUUUUCUACUUGUUUAUUCCGAGUACAUCUUUGCUAUAUUUUCCACCAAUUCCCAUAGAGCUCACCAGCAUAAAACAAGCUAAUGAAAAUUAAUUCUAGGCAAACAACAACAACAACUCCUCUGUUUAAAUGAUUGUCUCCAUGUUUCAAAGCAGCAUGCUGGUAAUAGAUCACGUCCAAGUAUUGCAGUCUUGCCAAGGGACAUCCAUACAUGCCAGUUUUGGUCUUUUGUUCAGCUCCGAUUCUCACACAGAUUUAAAUGUUCGGCUAGAAUGGAAGUUGUUACCUUGUCUGUGCACUUUAUAAAGUGGAAAUAAAAAAUGAGGUGCCUUUCAAAUGUGGAGAGUCAAUGAUGUACUUCCAUAGCAUGUAUAGCUGUUCUCUUGAACCAGUUCAGCCACUUGGUUAGUACAGCAAGUCAAUUGUUCUAGACCCUGGAAAUUUCUGUAACAAAAAGGAACAGGUUUCCUGGCUUCACUUCUUUGCCAUCUCAGUUUACAGAGCUUAGUGUGCAAUCUUCUUGGCAAACCAUGAGUCACUACUCAGCUCUCUGUCUUGACAAUUUGGAUAUCAGCCCGAUAAUGUAUGGCCAAUAUUUCUAAGCCUUUAAUCCAUGAACUCUAAAGGGCAAAUACUACAAGUAGAUAUUGUUUCUUGUGGGGGACGGGACCCAAUUAGAGCUAUCAAAACCAGAUUCUCACAGUGGCUGAAUUUAAGCAAGGGUUUGCAGCUGUCUACCUUGAACGGCAUUUCAGAAGCUCCAGGAUACACAGGCUAGUGUGUAGCCCAACAUUGCCUGGCUGCUGCCAUGCCACAAACUUCAAUAUAUUUACCGACCUGAGCAUGUGUAAAUAACCUUUUUUGCAUUUUGUAUUAUUGUCAGGAGUUAGCUCAUCCUUCAACAUCUCCGGUCCAAUUCCAUCUUGAGCAUGGCUCUCAAAGAACUAUCUUUGGUUUAUUGACAUUUUCAUUUUAAUGAAGAUUGGGCAUUCAAAAAUCUGAUCCAAGAGUCUCUGUCAAAGUUGAGUUAAUGUUGAAAAGGUGACCAUAAUCACAGGUUGCACCUGUUAAGCAGUGUAUACCUAGUUUCAUCUACUGUGGCCAUAUAUUCUACGUCAGAGAACAGCCCUCUAUUUGAAGGACUGUUCAGCCUUCCCAACAUGGGAUUCGAAUCCACGACCCUGAGAUUAAGAGUCUCAUGCUCCAUCCCUUGAAGGGCUGUUGUUAAACCUGAUUUGCCCAUUUAUGAUAUUCACUCUUCCGAGAUGGGGUGGGAAAAUCUGUCAGAUCUCAAAAAUAUAAAGUAUUUUUUUAAAAAAUCCAGAAACUUCAAGGUCUACUUCCUACUAUGGUAGCUUAAGAAAUAAAAAUACAUUUGUUCAACUUUUUUUUUAAGCCCCAACAACUAGUAUUAGCGAUAAUGUACCAGGUGAGUGACAAAGACAUGUUAGCUUGUGGUUAAGGAAAGACAAGUGGCCAUCAAUAGAAAUUAUAUUUUACAAGUGGGUCCUGCAACCAAUUUCUGCAAUGUGGAGUGUUCAGGAUUUCAGCCACUCCUGAAAUCAGUCUGUCCCUUGUCCUUUCAGUAUUCUGUGGCCAUUUGAGCAUGUUCAGUUAUCACUGAGCUAUUUCUAAAGUUCCCACUGAUUUUUUAAAAAAACAGUUUUAGCAUAGCUGCCAAGUUAUCCCUUUUUUUAAGGGAUUUUCCCUUAUGCUGAAUAGGCUUCCUCGCGAGAAAAGGGAAAGCUUGGCAGCUAUGGUUUUAGGGAUUCUCCCAAGUCUAUUGCUCUUGGCCCACGGGUGAUACCAUUCUGACCACGUAAGCAACAACACCCAAAUCUUCAACAACAGAAAUGGAGGGAACAACACAGCCAAAAAUGUUACAGUGGCUCGAAAGGGC